GUCACAUGACCCAGAGUGGGAAUCUCCCUGUAGCAGUCUGAGUUGGUUCUGUUACAGUGUAUGUCCUGACAGUUCUGUCCAGGGUUGUACACUUUACUUGAUGUGUGACAGCUAUGGCUGAGCGGACACCCUUACUCAAUUACAGGCUGUGCGCUGUGCCCGAAUCCGGCAGCAGCAGCAGCGCUGGCCGGACCAGGAAGGAAGCUCAGCAUCCCGCGCCCAAAAAGCUGUCGACUUUCUUUGGAGUGGUUAUCCCCACUCUGCUGUCGAUGUUCAGUGUGGUGGUGUUCCUACGGAUAGGUUUUGUUGUUGGCCAAGCAGGAUUAUACCAGAGUAUACUCAUGUUCAUUGUGGCAUAUUUCAUCAUAAGCAUGACUGUACUGUCAGUGUGUGCUAUAUCUACUAAUGGAGCAUUGGAUGCUGGUGGUGCCUACUAUAUGAUCAGUCGAGCUUUGGGUCCUGAAUUCGGAGGCAGCAUUGGAAUCAUGUUCUUCUUUGCUAAUAUAUGUGGAAGUGCUCUCUAUGUCUUGGGACUUGUUGAGUCUAUGGUUGACAUUUUUGGGUUGUCACCAACAGGGCUAACCACAAGCAGUAUUCAGGUUCUUCCUCAGUCCUACUGGUAUGAACUUCUCUAUGGCACAGUGAUUCUUAUUUUCUGCCUUCUUGUGUGCUUAGUUGGAGCUGACAUCUAUGCAAAAGCGUCCUUCAUAAUUUUCCUCAUUGUUAUUCUGGUACUUGGCACAAUAUUCAUCAGCUUUUUUGCAGUGUCACCAAAGUCUAUUAACAUCACAAUAUCCUUGGGGAAUAUCUCAGAGGCUUCAUUCACUGGAUUUAAACUGUCAACUCUGAAGAGUAAUCUUCCACCUCAAUAUGUAGAAGACUACACAACUGGCAAGGUGAUGAGUUUCGCUGCUGUCUUUGCAGUAAUGUUCAAUGGGUGCACUGGUAUCAUGGCUGGAUCCAACAUGUCAGGUGAUUUAAAGAACCCCAGCUAUUCUAUUCCCCGAGGCACUAUUACAGCAGUAAUUUUUACAUACAUCAUAUAUAAUAUUUUAUGUCUCAUGAUCAGCUGCACUUGUGAGAGAUUGCUUCUUCAAAAGGAUUAUGAUUUCCUCAAAGACAUUAAUGUCUGGCAUCCCUUUGUCAUAAUUGGAGUCUACUCUUCAACUUUAUCAGCUGCGAUGAGCAAUCUGAUUGGAGCUUCUAGAAUUCUCUAUGCACUUGCAAAGGAUGAUAUAUUUGGAAAGCUUCUCAUGCCUGCAAAGAAAACUUCACGUGGUGGAAAUCCUUGGGCUGCUGUGUUGAUUUCAUGGCUGUUAGUACAGCUUGUGUUGUUUACUGGAAAAUUGAAUACUAUUGCUGGGAUAGUGACCAUCUUUUUUCUCUUGGUCUAUGCCUUUGUGGAUCUAGCAUGUCUGGCAUUGGAGUGGGCUUCUGCACCAAAUUUCAGGCCAACCUUUCGCUACUUCACCUGGCAUACUUGUGUGUUAGGCAUCAUUGGCUGUGGGAUUAUGAUGUUCCUGAUUAGCCCAAUAUAUGCAUCAUGCAGUGUUGCAUUCAUGCUGAUACUGUUGCUGGUCCUUCACUAUGUAUCACCUUCAAGCAGCUGGGGUUACAUCAGCCAAGCUCUGAUCUUUCACCAGGUUAGAAAGUAUCUUCUGAUGCUAGAUGUUCGUAAAGAUCAUGUCAAAUUCUGGCGCCCACAAAUUCUGCUGAUGGUUGCCAAUCCCAGGACAUGUACUCAACUGAUCAGUUUCACAAAUGACCUAAAGAAGAGUGGACUAUAUGUGCUGGGUCAUGUACAAAAAGGAAAUUUGGAUGAGAUGCCUUCUGACCCUCUUCAAGCACAAUAUGAUUCUUGGCUAAGUUUAGUUGAUGCACUGAAUGUAAAAUCAUUUGUCAGCCUUACGCUCUCUGACUCAGUACGUCAUGGGGUUCAACAUCUUUUAUUCAUCUCUGGUCUAGGUGGAAUGAGACCAAAUACUCUUAUCCUCGGUUUUUAUGAUGACUGUGCUCCUGAGGAUGGUUUAGAACAAAUUCCAGCAUUUUCAUGUAAUAGGUCUUCUAUCACAAGUGGACAAGAUUGCAACUUGCAGCCUAAUUUUCCUCCAGCCAGAGAUGCAUCGUCAUCAAAGGCACUGUCAGGCAAAGAGUAUGUGGCCAUUAUUUCUGAUUCCAUCAAAAUGUUAAAAAAUGUUUGUUUAGCCCGAUACUUCUGCCAGCUAAACAAAGCAGAACUGUUUGGUUGCAAGAACUAUGAGGUCUCCAUUGAUGUGUGGCCGCUCAAUCCACUUCGCCCUGACAGUGCUAAUUACGUUGAUACUUGCAGCCUGUUUCUGUUACAAAUGGCAUGUAUUCUUAACAUGGUGCGCUCCUGGAGGUCAGCCAAACUGCGUAUUUUUCUGUGUGUUGAAUCUGGAAAUAGUGUUGGAGAGCAGGAAAAAAAGCUAAAACAACUUUUACGUCAGCUGCGUAUCAAAGGUUCGAUUAAAACUCUGCACUGGGAUAGUGUUACUGCCCUUCACUGGCACAAACAGAUGGUUCCUGAAGAUGGCUGUGAUGGUAGUUUUGCAAAUAACUUCCCAUCAAAUGCAAUGAGAAUCUCUGAUGACUAUCUGAUGGCUGUAAACAGGAUGAUUUUAGAGCAGAGUGCCCAUCCAGCUAUCCGAUUUCUCUACCUGCCACGACCUCCUGCUAAUAUUGCAUUGCAUGAAAGAUAUCUGGAGCAGCUUGACAUAAUGACCAAAAACCUGGGUCCUACUCUGUUAAUUCAUGGAAUUAGUGCAGUCACCAGUAUAGAUCUUUAGAUCCAUUGAUUGUGGAAAUUAAGAACACUAACAUAUGUAGUAGUUAAGUUGUUCAUAAAGGGGAGGAUAGGAAAUGUUUGUUACAAUGAAAACAGCCAAAUUUUACAAUAGCUCACACUUAACUUGAGCAAAAGCAUUAAGAUUAUGCUCAGUUUUGGUGCAGCUUUUCUUUUUCCGUUAUUUUUUCCCCCACUAUUCUCGACAUGAGACAAAGGUGUUAUGUUGUUGUUCUAUUCAUCUGCAUUCUUUCUUUACUUUCACAGAAUGUCAAUACAUCAGCAAGGUGAGCAUUUGUUGCCCUUCCCUAAUUGCUCCUUGCUAUGCUAUUUCAGAGGGCAUUUGAGGGUUAACCAUGUGGUUGUGGCUCUGAAGUCACAUGUAGUGCAGACUAUGUAAGGAUUGUAGAUUUCCUUGCCUAAAGGAUAUUAGUGAACCAGUUAUUUUUUAAAAAUAAGACAAUUAACAAUAGUUUCAUGAUUACAAUUACUGAGACUAACUUUGUUUUAGAUUUAUUAGUUGAAUUUAAAUUACACCAGCUACCAUGAUCUACCCAUGUCCUCAGAGCAUGAGCAGAUUGAGUCCAGUAAUAUUACAACGACACUUGUCAUUUAAGUAAUGCUCCACCAGAUUUGCUGGGCCUGAGAAGCAUUGAAUUUUGAAAAUGGGCUCUUAGAACUGUCAGCACAUCAGCGUCAUGAACAAGAGGUUCUGUUCCAUCUCCCAAAUAUGUAGCAAAAGAAAAAUCAUCGACUUUUAUUCAGUUUUCUCAAGUAAUUUCAUUCAUCAAAUAUUGGUUCAUAUAUAGACUUUUUUUUUAAUAAAUGUCUGAUCACGGCAACAAUAAUCUGAAAUAAUUAGUUGGAUUUUUGCUACAUAUACAGGUAACUUGCUGCACUCUGGCAGGAUGUAUAAUAGAAAUCAUGAAAGGAACAUUUUAUGAUAUAAGAAAUGCUAAGUUUAUGAUUUUGGAAAAUGGACAAAUAAUUGGUAUGGAUUCAAAGUACAUGUUUAACUGUGAACAAAUAGUACUCACUUUAAGGAUGAUGCCUCUUUGUUUCCAUUUUAAUGGUAUUUUAUAUGCUUACAUUUUGCCACAAUAUUUUGAUUUAUGUUUGCUUCCUUUUUUUGUACGCUGGUUCCAUGACAAGCCUCUCAAUGAGAAGUUAUACAUUUUAAUUGGUUCUCUUAAAACCUGGGGCUGGAUUUAAUGUUAUUGACAGGGUUCUCGAAAUCUAUAUCAACUCCCUGGGGUAGGACUGGCCAAAUUAAAUAUGUCUUGUUGUAUUAAGCAAUAGACUAAGGUUGUCAUACUGUAACAAGCAAAAACCGAAAUUGCUGGAGGAACUUGGCAAAUCUGUCAGGAUACCACAGCCCCAGAGAGCUGUUACCCAAUCAGCUGUGGCAGCUUUUCACCAGGAGCAGGGAUUUCACUAGAGGACAUUGUUGAAUCCCGGUACUUGAAUAAGUGAGGGCAAGAUUGUAGUCAUAGGGAGGGAGACCCAGAAGCAUGGAGGAAAGGAACGGUUUCCAGCAUGACCUAUUUACUGAUACUGAGUGCUUAACAACAAAGGGACCUGAUAAUUGGCCACUGGCCAGCCACCGAGGUUUUUGGGGCCUCCAUUGGAGGGCACAGGAAAGUCAUGUGGCCCUCGUUUUAAACCCUGAGCCUAACUGAUGUCUACUGUGGAAGAGUUUCUCAAAUCAGUGCCUUCCUGUGCCAUUUCAGUCAGCUUUCCUGCUGCUUAGAGACUGAUUGUGGGCCUGGCUGUGACAGCCGAUAUCAAAUGCCAUCCUUAGUUUUACUGGUUAUAUAUUGUCGAAACAAUUGAUUUACAUGCAUCACGGCAAAGUUUGUGAUUGUGGUUCAUUUUAUAAUUACUUUUAAAGUCAUUUCUACUGCCUGAAAGAUUAUAGAUGAGGAUGUCCAAGAUACCAUGGAGCUUUGAGAGCACGUGUAGAAUUUUAAUUAAUAUACCUGGUAAUUUGUAUGGAUUUCAUCUUGCAGACGUUAAAGAUCCCAUUUUCUGAUUCAGAAUGAUGUCACCAAUAAUGUAAACACCCAGCUCCUCAAACUGGAGAAGUUGUAAAUGAACAAAUAUUAAAGUACAACCACCAAUUGACCUGAGCUAGCCUGCUUAUGCUCUGGGCCACAUAUGACUGACUGUUUGUUUAUAACUUCCCCAAGUGCUAACUCAAACCAAGUGCAAGCUACAAUCUCUUCCCUGUUGUAAAAGGAACAAAUACUGACCAUAAGCUUGGGGUUUUAAAAAGAAAAAUUUCUGCUUUUAAUUGUUCAUGGGAAGAAAUUGAUUUUUACAAAUGUUUCUAAAGAUUGGAGCACUGUGUUACAUGGCUAAUGUGUUGCUAUGUCGAUGCUUCAACUGGCUUUUGACAAAUUGUAUCUCAGCAGUGCUAGUGUGUGAGAUAGUUAGCAAAGGAAUUUCUUGUUGUAUUAAGCAAUAGCCUAAGGUUGUCAUAAUGUAACAAGCAAAAACCAAAAUUGCUGGAGGAACUUGGCAGAUCUGACAGCAUCUAUGGAGGGAGGGGGAGAGAGGGAGAGAGAGAGAAUAUUUCAAGCCCUGUAACCCUUCUUCAGUGGUUCGGAGACAGUUUUUCCACAAUUCCUGUUUUUGUUUGUUUCAGAUCUCCAGCAUUUGCAGUUCUUUGUUUCAUUUAGAGUUUGUAACAGUCUGAUCCUACCACUUAAUACAUCUGGCUGGUUAUAUAUCCACAAACUUCGGCUUUCAUCUGGAAAAAUUGUAUUUUUAAGUCCAGCUAUACAAGUUCGUACUGUGGAAUUAUUGAGCUUAUUUCUCCCUUAAAAUUUACAAUUCAAGCCUAAAUACAACCAGACUUCUUGUUUGGUCCACCACCAUGAAUGUAUUUAGUUUGGAUUUGCCAAAUUUUUCAAUAGGAAUAACUGUUUUAGGGUCAAACAGACAGGCUUCUAAGGUGGUUGAUGUUGUUUCAGUAGUGCACAUUAGCUGUUCUUUUGCUUUUAUUUAAUUUAAAACAAAAGCAGUUUAAGUGGGGAGGUGUUGGUGACAUGGAAUAACAAAAGUAGACUAAAUAAUGAGCAAUGGGCAUUAUUGUAGAUUUACCACUGACACUAUUAUAGGAUACCUAAAUGUAGAAAUCUUCCCAAUCAACAUAGCAUGAACAAAACUUACAAAGAUAAUAAAAUGUAAGUACCUGUCCUUUGUAUUUUUAUUCAUUUAAAUGUAAAAUUUAUUUGUAAUUAGCAUGAAUAAUAAGAAAUCCAUGAUCUAGACGAUAAUACUUUUUUUGGGCUAGUGCAUCAGCAGAGUUAUUUUCAGGGUCUAGACAUAGCUUAGUUAUAAGGUUCCCUUGUAUUUUCCAAAUAGCAUGCAGGACAGUAGUUCAAAAUAAAUAGAAAAAUUUAAGGGGGAGAAAUUUUAUAUUCGUAACAAAAACAAAUUGCUGAAAAGACUUGGCAACUCUGGCAGGUAUCUAUGGAGAGAAGUCAGGUUCGGUGACCCUUCCUUAGAACUGAUGGUAGCUAGGAAAAAAUGCUAUGUUUGUGUUUGUUUAAAGAAAGAAAACACAUUUCAGAAAAUGUUCUGUAGGUUUUAAAUAUUAAUUUCUUUUCAACAAUGUAGUAUCAUUUUCACUCAUUCAGUCGCCCACCUAUCCCGUCCCAUUCACCUUCUCUGUUGCUUCUCCAUGUUCCUCCAUGCACUUUGGCACCAUGGGACAGUACCAUUCUCCCUCCAUACUGUCUUUAUCUCUGAUCUUGCCAUGCAUCCUCUAUACUGUUUCACCUAGUUUCCAGUAUGGACAGAACUCCUAAACCCUAUAAUAACAUUGAGAAAUCUUUGAAUUUUUCAUGAAGCUGUCAGAAUAAACAGACAUCCACAAACCUCUUCAAAACACUUUAAUCCUAUUAUAAAAACUCUCAAAAUUGUCAAAAAUAAGCCAUUCAAGCUCCCUUCUAAAUGUUUCCUUUUUAAGUGCUCAUGGCUCUGUUAAAAUAAGAAAUAAAAAUUUCUUCCAAACACUUCAAUUUUAUUAUUUGGUCAUAAAACUGUCAAUCAAACAAAACACACAGUCCCCUUCACAGCUAUGUCAAUAACACCUGCUAAGCUAAAUCAUUAAUAGGGCUUGGAACUCAUCCAAGCAGUCAUAACGAGAUUCCAUUGCUCAACUAAAUGAACAAACCCACUGGAGCGUAAUAUGAUGCAAUCUUUGAAGUUGCAUAAACUGGUGGCCAUCUGUUCAUUUCUUCAAAACGUUCAAAUGGACCUCCAAUGUAAAAAUAAAAGCAUAAGAUCCGUAUAUUAAAUAAACAUUCUAAGUUCAAUACUGUUGAAUGCAGAUGAAUACUUUAUCUAUGCAUACUUGUAUGUGUAUGUAUAUAUCCAAAUGCAUCUGAGGAAAAACGCCUCAGUCCGUUCAGCCUCUCCCUGUAGCUCAAACACUCCCGUCCCAGCAACAUCCUUGUAAAAGUGGCCCCACCAGUGUCCUGUACAGCUAUAACAUAACAU